CAGUCUUGCUGCAUGCAGACAGCAACAGCAGUACCAGCAUGGCUUACAGUGCGAAAAUCGGUCCGUCCAUCCUGAGCAGCGACCUGUCCUGUCUGGGCAGCGAGUGUGUGCGGAUGAUGGAGAGCGGGGCAGACUACCUGCACCUCGACGUCAUGGACGGGCACUUUGUCCCCAACCUCACAUUUGGACAUCCCAUGGUAGAGUGCCUAAGGAAGUCAGUAGGCCAAGACCCUUUCUUUGACAUGCACAUGAUGGUGUCUCGGCCGGAGCAGUGGGUGAAGCCCAUGGCUGCAGCUGGAGCCAACCAGUAUACAUUCCACAUAGAGUCCACCACCAACCCUGGUAACCUCAUCAAGGAGAUAAGAGAGAGUGGUAUGAAGGUGGGUCUGGCCAUAAAGCCUGGUACCACUGUUGAAGAGCUCGCACCCUGGGCUAACCAGAUCGACAUGGCUCUGGUCAUGACUGUUGAGCCUGGCUUCGGAGGACAGAAGUUCAUGGAGGACAUGAUGCCCAAGGUGAGCUGGUUGAGAAGUCAGUUCCCUUCAUUAGACAUUGAAGUCGAUGGAGGAGUCGGCCCUGACACCAUUCACAAGUGUGCAGAGGCAGGAGCCAACAUGAUCGUGUCAGGCAGCGCUGUGAUCGGCAGCGAGGACCCUCGCUCUGUCAUCGCUCUCCUGCGCACCGUGGUGGCCGAAGCAAUCCAGAAACGCUCGCUGGACCGCUGAGAUGUCGCCUUUGUGACAGCCGAGCCGCCCGUCCCUGCAACACAACACAGCAGCCAGUGGAACGACUCAAUAUGGACAUUUCUGGGGUUGAGGCCAGGGGUCACGGUCGGAGCAGGGGGCUGCUGGCCAAAUUCAAAUCACUUUGGUGUGAGUGAAGCUGCACCGUGCCUCUACAAAACUUUUUGAACUUCAUUCUGUUCUGCCACAAUCUCCUCUCUGAACAGUUAAAACAAAGCGAGUCUCAUCGCAGCACGGGGACAACCAUUAAGACUGGAGCUGACGCCAUGCUGAUUUUACAUCUGUAAACAUUCCUGAGUAUUGUUUGACACUGUUUUAACUAUAAAAUAAUUAUGGAAAUAAAAUGGUCCAAGGAGCACCGUGUUUAGCAUAUGUUCAGUUUUGCAAAUAAUGUUCUGACUUCCAUCCAAAAUUAUGUUUCAUAUCUCAUUCUCUAUGUUGUUUAAAUUAACCAUUUACAAUUUGCUGCACUACUGAGCAUAAAAAUAUACACUUCUAAAAUCCAUGAUUUUUGGUUUUGCAGAUUAAAAGACUCCAAUGAA